GGCUUAAAUUGUUUAUACUUUAUCCUUUUCACUCGAAUCGCUCUCCCUUUCUCUCAAGGCGCAGGCGUUGGUCCUGCGAACCCGCGCAGUGGCAGGAAGAAUAUUGUAUACUAUGCCCAGCCCUGGUUAUCCACAAUCCACAUAUCCAAACCUUCUCUCCACUAGGUCAGGAAUAACAACAUUUGUUUCCCCCGUUUCUUGUUUUCCUUUUCCUUUUUUUCGGGUGGGGGGUUUUUUCUUUCUGUUUGUUAGUUUCGUGCAAGUCCACACGGGAAUCGGACGUCCUUUGCUCCUUUCCGCAGUGAAAGAGAGAGAGAGUGAGUGAAAGUGUGUGCAAUAUUGAUUUGAAAGGGAAAGGAAAUCACAACCCGCCAUGCCACACCACACCCACCGACACCCCCGCCCUACCGUCCAUAGUAAUCCUUUCAAAAGCAAUUAAAAAACAAUAAAUAAAUAAAAAAAGAGUUUUCAAAUAAUUCUAAAUAAUUGAAAAGUGACCUAUAAAGAAGAAAGAAAAUAAAUUGACCUACAUAUAUAUAAAUAAAAGUGAAAAGAAUCCACCAGUCACCUUGAAUUUUGUUACCCGCCGCCUUCACCCUCUCUUGUCAACUAAACGACCCCCUGUGUGUGUGUGUGUGUGUGUCUAAGGUAAAUCAACAAGUCGUAAAUUACAUAUAAAUUGCUUGUGCCUGGAUUUUUUUUUGUUGCUGCUGAAACAUGACACGACGCAAGGACAAACCGCGCCUCAUACCAGAGCAGGAUAAACGCAUCUGUCGGGCAAUUUGCCUAUGUCAACUUACCAUGGUAUUGUCAUGUGUUUCCAUUGUCUAUCUAAGUGUAUCAAUUUAUUCGCCAUCACUCAAAGCCUUCAAGUCGGGCUUUGAACUAGAUCCUGUCAUGUGCCAGACUGUGGAUCGUCAAAUGCCCAACAAUUGCCCAUGGGCCUCAUGCGGUGAAUGGUGUCUAACACGUACUAGCGGCUUCUGUCCACAAAUCCAUUCCAUAGUCCGUCGCAAUGGCACAGAUAUACAAUUGAAUAAUUGCACAAGGGUAACCAAUACCUCAUGCGCCAUGAUUGACAUGAAUCGUUUGAACAAAUUCAAUUGCAAUAAUGGCACCGCUUGCAAUAAUAUACGCGGAGUAUUCAAUUGUUCCAAUGGUCAUUGCAAGAAUAUGUCCGAGUUCUUUUUAUGCCAUCAUAAGGCAGAUGGCCCAACGAUAAACUCAGCCAAGGAUAAUACCAAAUUGAAUGGUUUCUUUGAGUGUCAUGGCAUUCAUUGCACUAAAAUAAAGAAACCAUUCAAUUGUGAUCGUUAUUGCUCCAAGAUAACGACAGCCAACAUAAAUACUUUGAUUAUGCAUGAGGACAAUGUUAUUGCAGCGGAUUGCGAGAAUGCUGUGGCAUUCAAUCAGGCACGUGGUUCUGAGCACGGUGUUCGCAUUGAGCCCACCGAAUUUUGGAAAGAGGACGACGGCAAUCUGUUGACCAAUUGUGCCACAGUGACACGUGAAUCGGACAACCGUAUACUCGCCACCGAUUGCCUGAAUGGAACUUUAUUGGAACAUGAUAUACUACCAGCUCCAUUUAUGAAUUUUACACAAUUUUGGGCCAUCUAUGAUAAUAGCACACAUUCUGUUGAUCCGGAACAAAAAUUUUUACCCAAUCAAGCAAAUCUAACCAUAUACAAUUGGAAGAAAUUGUUUAUCAAUUUGGAAGGUUGCGUUAAUACCCUACGCGGCGAGUGCAAAGAUUUUGUUGCUCGCUAUGGCAACGAUGGCGACAACAACACUGCCCAGUCACGCUAUCAAUGCUACUAUAACAAGGACUCGAAUGUGGAAUUUGUGGUUGCACGUUACGAUUUGGACAAGGUCUAUAGGGAAUUUGUUGUGUCAUUAAUAGUGCCCAUUGUAUUAUUUGUGAUAUCAUCCAUAUCGUUAUGCAUUAUAACCAAAUCGGUUAAGGUGGGCGACGAUGCCAAAAUGCGUUGCAUUUGUGCCGGAGAUGAUUCCGAUAGUGAUGUCUUUGGUGGACACAAUAAUGCUGGCAAAGAAACCGAACAUAAUAUCUAUGACACCGAUGAUGAUGUGGCCAAUUUAGAGAAUCAGAUUGUGGAUGAACCACCACACCAACAACAACUAUCACCGCAACCAAUUGAUAAUCAUGAAAUGAUUGGUAGUACCAAAUCUUUAAUACCAUUAAGUCCCAAUGGGGAUUCAAGCUUCAGUGAGCAAAUUUUCAACGACAAUGAUAAUCAUAAUAAUGCUGACAAUGAUAAUGACAAUGAUGAUGAUGAUGAUGAUGAGAAGGCAUCCAAGUGCGAUGUACCAGAGAAACCAUUAGUCAUUAUCUAGGACCAAUAAGCAGUUAACCCAAAUAAAUAUCCCAGCAGUUGAGGCAAUCAUUAGCUAAAAAUUAUCUAUAGAUUUAUGGUCAUUAUAUCUUUGCAGAGGGCUUAAAUACAAUUUAGUCAAUGAUAGUCGGUCCGUCUGUCUGGUCUCUCAAGUUUAGUUAGCAAGUUAGCAAUAAGAGGACGAUGAAGUUUAUCCAAUUGUUUGUUCGAUUUUGAUGAAUUCGACGUGGAAUUUAAAUUAUUCCUUCAUUCAUAAUACUUUUGAAUCAUUUUAGAACUCCGACAAGUUGAAAGACCAAUAUUGAAGUUCUUAAUAGGCCAAAUAUUGGAUUCUGGCGAUUCUAAAUUUAUAUUUGUGGUAGUUAUUUAGUUUGACUCAAACUACAACAUUCUUUCAGGACAAUUUCUCUCAGGAAAUUUGUGUCCCGUUCUAAAUUGAAGACUUUGCAUGAAAAUGCACCAGAAAAAAAAUAUCUAAAGCUAAGUUCUUAAAAUUUACGGUACAUUAUUCUAGUAGGACCAAUUUAAAGCUAUUCAGAACCAUUAAUUAAAAACCGCAAUAAAUCAAAAUGAGAAGACGAAAAACUAAAAUACAUACCAAAAUCGUCUAGAUUCGAUACAAAAACAUAUAGAAAUUGUCCGAAAAAUGUUUGUCAUUUCAAGGAAUAGUUAUAUAUAACACAAAAUAGAGCAAAAUGAGCAGAUUAAAUUAGAAUGAGUUACCUGUUCAAAAACUAUUUUGAGUCUUUCAACAUUCCUUUCAUUAGUUUAGACUAAAAUCUGAAAAAAAUGUGUUUCUAAACACUUUGAUACCAAAAGGUCUAACUCUUUUCUCAAGACAUUUCUGAUAGAGAUCUCAUUCUUUAAGUCGCAAGGAUUUGAUUUUAAGAGUCUUAAAAGAUUAUAUUUAAUAUAACAAUGAUCAAUAACUGCAAGGGUAUAUAAA